AGAGGAUGUUUGUUUAAACAACGGAUACGAUUACUGGUUGUAUUCUAUGCCCAAGUGGAAAAGACCAGUAGAAUAACAACAGUAUAAGUAUUCUUAAUGGCAACCAUCAACUUAUCAGAACUGCAGGAUUAUAUAAGUACGAAGAAGAAACCUCUGUCAAAGUUUACCGAAAGGUAUAUACGCCAUUCGUUACUGCUACGGCAUGGCAGUUUAACUCCUUUAAAAGUGUUACUGUCUAAUACAGUUACACAAAGCGGCAAAACUUUGGAAACAUAUUUGAGAAAGGAAGAGAAGUAUUUCGAGCACGUUCUUUUUGAUCUGAAACGUUCAGAUGAUGUUACGUUUAACUAUGAUAUUUGUACAUGGGAUGCACUUACAUUAUGCAUAGUCAUAGCACGAAUUUUUAACUCGGAGUUACAUUACUGCGACCUUUCUGCUGUAAAUACUAUCCUAAGGCAGUGUUGUGAAGCAGAGCAUUACAGUUUGACCAAACUAAAAACAUUAAGUUUCAAAGAGAUUACAUUGAAACAGAAUACACUGAGGGAAUGCCUUUUAAAUAUUUUGUCCAGGUUAGACCGCAAUACUGCUUUUAGAAGCAAAAAACUGAUAUUAUCAAUAGAACUAGAACCAAUUUCCGAUGUCGUUCGUUUGAUAGAGGAAACAAAUGGUAAAGAUGCUCUGCAAACGAAAUUAUGCAUUCCAGUUGCCCAUAGCGGCCAAGUAACACAGUCGUUCACACAGGAUGGGCAUGGAAUUGCAGCCCACGGAAGCCUGAAUAGAGUAAUUUAUUCUCGGAUGACACUCAAAG